UGAGCCCUGCACAGCAGUUGGCUGCGCGAAGAUAAACGAAAGUAAACUUUUAAAACCAGCUGGCAGUGUACCUGCUUUUUAACAUAAGGUGCUCCCACUUUAAGCGGAACGCAAAAUAUAGGAGCUUUCCACAAGAAAAACCCCCCCCGGCAUUACUAUGGCACAUUAUAAAGGUCCAGACCCCAAGAGGGAACAGUUCAGGAGAUACUUGGAGAAAGCCGGUGUUGUUGAUAGUCUAACUAGUGUUCUAGUGUCAUUAUAUGAACAACCAGAAAAGCCCAACAAUGCUUUGGAAUUUGUCAAGCAGCACCUCGGUGCUGUUGGCCAGACUUCAGCAGAUACUGAAGCUCUGCAGCAAGAGGUGAUGGAUCUGAGGCAAAGGUGUGCACAUCUGGCAGAGGAAAAUAAAAACCUCAAAACAAGGCUGAAGCAUUAUGAAGCUGUAUCUGAAGAUGGAGGCACAGCUAACUGAACCCCAGCAGCACUUUUUGUCUUUUGUCACUUUAAAAUUUGAAGACAAGACAUCACUGUUAGGUGAAAACUAAGAAUUUUUAUGUUGCUAUACUGUUCUGGUCCUUUUGUAAACCUCAGUUUCCAAAUGACUUCUUUUGAUUUAACUUAUUCUGUACAUGAAUGUAUAUAUAUUUUGGUUUGUUUUUUUUCCUGGUUCAUUCAGUCUUUAGUGUAGCUUUAUUGCAGAAACUGCCUUUCAACAUGACCGGUUAGUUGUUAAUAGAUAGGAGUCAUUAUAAUUUACAAGAAUCUGGUGUAGGUGCACAAAAAUAUAGCACUUGUA